ACUGGUUAUCAUUUUCAGUUUACAUAAUGGCAGGAAUCAAGAAUAAGAAAGGACGCAACACAGAUCGCUUUAAUGGAUCGAAAAUCAAGAAAGAUCCGGGUGUAUUUAAAUUCAAUAAGAAAAGCAAAGAAGAAGUUACUCGUAAGAAGCUUGCUAGCAAUAAAGAACGUCAGGACCAAGCACGACAAAACAUACAAAAUAAGAAUCGCAGUCUUAACCUUAUCGAACUUGUACAGAAUGCAGAAAAGCGAUCUCAGGAAUUCGAUAUCGAACAUAUACAAAAUGUGGGUGAUGCUGAUCGAACGAUCAGUGAUGCAGCAGCAACUGGUCAAAAGGACAACUCCAAAAAAGCCUACUAUCGAGAAUUUCGAAAAGUACUUGAAAGCGCUGAUGUGAUUCUUGAAGUUUUAGAUGCUCGUGACCCCAUAGGGACUCGUACAAAAUCAGUGGAGCGCAUGGUGUUAGAUAGUGGUUUGAACAAAAGGAUUAUUCUGGUUUUGAACAAGAUCGACUUAGUGCCCAAAGACAAUGUGGAAGCCUGGUUAAAGUAUUUACGAAAUGAAUAUCCAGCCAUUGCUUUUAAAGCCUCGACACAAAUGCAACGUUCACAUUUAAGUCAAUCCAAUGUUUCCACGGAUGCAGCGACAGCGAAAAUGCUGAAUUCUUCCGAAUGUUUGGGUGCUGAUAACCUGAUCCGAUUAUUGAAAAAUUACUGCCGUAACGUUAACAUCAAGACUUCAAUCACAGUCGGGAUUGUUGGAUACCCAAACGUCGGUAAAUCGUCUGUUAUCAACUCUUUGAAAAGAUCCAGGGUUUGCGGUGUAGGUUCAACACCGGGCUUCACAAAAGUGGCACAGCAGAUUACUUUGGAUAAAAACAUUAAAUUAUUAGACUGUCCUGGUAUUGUAUUUGCAGAACAAGGACAAGAUGGGCAAACAGCAGCCGAAAUCACUUUGAGAAAUUGUGUUAAAGUUGAGUUAUUAGAUGACCCAAUAACACCAGUCGAAGUAAUUUUGUCAAGAGUGCCUACAGAACAAUUAAUGGCAAUGUAUAAUGUGCCUUGGUUCAACAAUGCACAUGAAUUCUUAGUAUUAUUAGCGCAACAAAGAGGAAAGUUAAAAAAGGGCGGGGUGUCUGAUACCCAUCAAGUCGCUCGGCUUGUGUUGAAUGAUUGGAAUGGAGGCAAAAUUCAUUACUUUACUACUCCUCCUUCUAAAACAGAAAGUCAUCUGGAUGCAGCUAUCGUUCAAUCUUGGGGCGAAGAAUUCAACAUUGAUCUUAAAGAAGCAGACACUAUAUUAACAGAGCUAAAACCAGAGAUGCACAACGGUCAUAGUGAGGCUAUGACGGACAUGGAAAUGGAACUUUGGGACAAGGAAUUUUAAAAUUUUUUAUUUGUUGAUGUAUAACAUUAGAUUUUUGAUUAAACUAUCACUUUGAAGAAUACCCUAUUAAAAUGGUCAUGAUGAAAAAAGACAUUAGUUUUACUCAUGCUGCAGGUGCGAGUAUCGUUUAGAAUAUAAUGUUUGUUUAAAUAUUGCUUUUGAGUAAACGUUAUCACUGCCUAUAUUUAUCAUCUAAUGACUUUUGCGUUAUAAUGGCUCCAAAAAGCGUCGGAACUGACUCAGCGAUAAUUGAACUCGGUUAAAUCGCUGAUUUUGCUUGAGUGCAUUUACUUGUUGCGACAAGCCUCUUGUUAAGCUUUUUUUGAAGCCUCCAUCUCGAACAUUCUCGGGGCUAACAUUGAAUUUGACAAUAUCAAUCGCAAAAGCUAAUGGAAAGAAAGCAUAA